AUGGAUGUAGCAGAUUCAAGAACAGGUCCUAAACAUUUGAGUGAUGAUGUGGGAGAUCGUUGUCAAAAAUUAUUUCAAGAUUUCUUGGAAGAAGUUAGAGAAUUAACAACAACAAAAAUUGGUGGGCUUCUUCGCAUUUGUGGUCAAGUUGUCCGAACUCAUCCUGUACAUCCAGAAUUAGUUAGUGGAACAUUCACAUGUCUUGAUUGCCAGACUGUUAUUAAAGAUGUUGAACAGCAAUUUAAAUAUACUCAGCCAACAAUAUGUCAUAACCCUGUUUGCAACAAUCGUUCACGAUUUAUGUUAGAUAUCAAUAAAUCUAAAUUUGUAGAUUUUCAAAAAAUACGAAUUCAAGAAACGCAAUCAGAAUUACCUAGAGGAAGUAUACCAAGGAGUGUGGAAGUUAUUGUUAGAGCUGAAGCAGUUGAAUUGGCUCAACCAGGUGAUCGCUGUGAUUUUACUGGUACAUUAAUAGUUGUACCUGAUGUUAGUCAACUUGCUACACCAGGUGUUCGUACAGAAAGUGGUAUUCGUCAUAAAGGUAUGGAAGGAUUUGAAACUGAAGGUGUCAGAGGUCUUAAAGCUUUGGGUGUAAGAGAAUUAUCUUAUAGAAUGGCAUUUCUUGCCUGCUCAGUCACACAUUCUAAUUCUCAGUUUGGUGGAAGAGAACUGACAUCUGAAAUGACUGCAGAAAACUUAAAAAAACAAAUGACUCCUCAAGAAUGGGAGAAAAUUUACAGCAUGAGUCAAGACAAGAAUUUAUAUAACAAUUUACUAAACAGUUUAUUUCCAACUAUUCAUGGAAAUGAUGAAAUUAAAAGAGGAAUUUUAUUGAUGUUAUUUGGUGGUGUGCCAAAAAAGACAAUAGAGCAUACAACACUUCGUGGUGAUAUUAAUAUAUGUAUUGUUGGAGAUCCGAGUACUGCUAAAAGUCAAUUUUUGAAAAAUUAUAUUUUACAACAUUUAGAUAAAACCAUCUUUAUAAAUGAAUCUUUUGGAGAUAUUUUCAUUCAGUACAUUUAUUAUUUUACUGGUGUCUGCUGUAUAGAUGAGUUUGAUAAAAUGGAUCCACGUGAUCAAGUUGCAAUUCAUGAAGCAAUGGAACAACAAACAAUAUCUAUUACUAAAGCUGGUGUUAAGGCAAGCUUAAAUGCAAGAACAUCCAUCUUAGCUGCAGCUAAUCCAAUUGGAGGACGAUAUGAUCGAACUAAGUCACUUAAGCAAAAUAUAUCAUUAAAUGCGCCAAUUAUGUCUCGUUUUGAUUUAUUUUUCAUCUUAAUUGAUGAAUGUAAUGAGGUAAUAAAAAUUAUUUAUUAUUGA